GAGAAUCAAGAAUAUGGAAGUAAAAUCAGACGGUCCAGAAAUUUCGCCAGAUGCACAAGCUAAGAGGCUGGAAGCCGAACGCCUUAUGAUAGAAGCAGAGAUAAGUUUGCUCCAGAGGAAGCAAGCCCUGGAAGAACUGCGUAAGGGAAGCGUGAACGAAUUAGCCAAUUUCAAGAAGGUUAUGCAGAUUAUGGAACCGUAUGCAGGAAAAGUAAACAGCGCUCAUGCAUGGAUGGAAGAGUUUGAGCUCAACUGCAAGGGGACGGAUGCGUUUAAGCUCAGGUGCGUGCGACGUUUAAUGAAGGCGGAAACGGACGCAGAAUUGUUUUUGAAAGUAAAUAAGGCGACGUCGUAUGCUGCCUUUAAGAAAGGUUUCCUGGACACAUUUGGCCGGAUUUCCUCAAUAGUAGAGGUAAUAAACACUCUCAAAUCUACGGUUUAUUGCCCGGGAAAGAUGUCAGUUCUAGGUUAUGUACUGCAAAUGCAAGAAAUUGCGCAACGAGCUCCGAUCGACGAAGAACAAGCCGUACAGUUCGUGAUCGACGGGCUAAAAGACGAUUCCGCGGACAUUGCUAUAUUCUAUCCGGCCAAAACUAUUGGCGAACUUGUGAAGCUGUCGCACCGUUACGAAGAAAUGCGUAAAAAACGUUGGAGCGCAUCGCAGUCGGCCAAGAAGCUGAUGGGACACAAUAGCAUUCCGGCAAGCAGUGGAAUUACGGUACUCUGCUACAAUUGUUUGGGCACUGGACACAUCGCUCAAUCGUGUACACAGCCCAAGAGGAUGAAGGGCUCCUGUUUCCGUUGCGGCUCCAUGGACCAUGCUAUCAAAAACUGCAAGGUCCCACCACCUUCAGGAAAUAAAGCGGUGCCAUUGUCGGAUCAAUUCCGACAGGAAGGGACUAGCAAGGAGGUAGACGAUAACGAAGUGGCAGUAAUAAAUACGGUAAGAAUCUCUUGCGACACUAUAGAUACGCCAGAUAGGAUUUAUAAUCAGUAUACUUCUCUUUUUGAUACCGGCAGCGCAAUUAGUUUAAUACGUCAUUCCGCAUUACCACUUAAUUUAAGAGAAAACAGUUUAAAGGAAACGAACUUUAAGGGAUUGGGAAAUUUUCGGUUAUGUACGUUUGGGAAGAUCUGGAUAUUUAUGUCAUUCUCCGGUAUUACGCACAGAAUAUUAUGUUACGUUGUUCCAGAUAACUACAUUCCUUAUCCUAUUUUAUGUGGAAUAGAUUUUUUAAGAAGAUUUAACCUAAAAUUAAAAUUUUGUGAACCUAUUGAAACGCCAAACAUUGAACUAAAGGCAAAUAAAUAUAAUUUGGAAAUCUCUGAAAAAAUUCUGCACUCUGUAUUCAGUCCGGGGAAAUCUGAUAGGACUAUGUUAAGUUGUAAUCUGCAAACAUAAGUAUAUUUCUGCUUCCGAAAAUCAAAACAACAAGAUAGAAACGCAGGUUGAGCCCUCAGUUUCAGAUCAUUCAGCUUCGGUGUGUUUCGACCAUUCAGUUUCCGAACCUUUAAACUCCGACCAGUCAGAUUCCGAACCUUUAAAUUCCGACCAUUCAGAUUCCGAACCUUUAAAUUCUGACAUUUCAGAUUCCGAACCUUUGAAGUCCGACCAUUAAAAUUCCGAUACUUUAAUUUCCGACCAUUCAGUUUCCGUACCUUUGAAUUCCGACUAUUCACAUUCCGAAACUUUAAAUUCCGACCAUUCAGAUUCCGAACCUUUAAAUUCCGACCAUUCAGAUU